AGCUGUAGCUCUGAACAGUGUUACUGUUUCGCUCUACCUUUUUUCUACUUUCAUUUUUAUUUUAUUUUUUAAAUGUGUUUGCCAAUUUUAAUACAUUGCUAUUUGUUUUAAAUAAAUUUAAAAAUGCCAUCUUAAUUAUCCACAAUAGUUACCGAAUAUAAUUUUAAUUUAAUGUUCAAUUCACCUUUUAAAAUGACUGAAACAGAUUUGAAAAAAAUUCCAUUUUUUAAAUUAUUAAAUCUUGAAGCUAUUACUCCAGUCAAUGAUUCAUCCAAGAUUUUCAGAAAUCAUUUAUUAGUUUUACCAGGCCAUAAAGCAGAUCUCGUGUACAAAAAUAACAAUAUAAAAACUGGAUAUGAAAAUUUUUGUAUUAAAAAAGGCACUUUAAAAUUGUUUCCAUUUAAAGAUUUUGAUUUUAUUGGUAAACAUGUUGUGUGUCAAAAAUGUUGUCAAAAGUUUGCUUCAAAAUUGUCUUAUAAAGCACAUGUUGGAACUGGUAUUUGCGUUAGAACUUACAAUGGACCGAAUCUUAUCUACCUGAAAUAUAAAAACAGAAAUUAUAGACAAGUUCGAAAAAAAAAUAAAAAAAAGUUUGAAGAAGACUUUCAUGGUCAUGAUAUUAAAAAAAAUUUAUUAAAUCCUGAAAUGUUGAACACCUUACAGACUCGUAAUAAAUGUUAUUCUGAUAUAACAUAUCAACGAAAUAAAGUCAAAGAUAAACCAAUUAAUAAUGAUGAGCCUUCUGUGAAAAAACCAAGAGGAAGACCUAGAAAGAACAUUAUUAAUAAUAAUGAGAAUAAUAAUGUUGAGCUAAAAAAACGAGGCAGACCAAAAAAGUUAAUUGCAGUUGGAGUUGAUAGCUCAAGUCAAAAUGAUAACAGCUCAAGUAGUAACCUGGAAAUCGAUGAGUCUGAGGAACCAAAAAAAUUUAGUAAUUGCAUGGCUGAUGAUGCAUUCAAUAAUAAUAUCAAUGACCAUGGAAAAUUAAAAUCAUUUUCUUUCAAAAUGAAAAGUCUCAGAGAAAAGUUUUGGAAAAUUUUUAAAAAUGAUUGUAAAUCGAAAGAUGUAGAUAUUAAUGAAUAUCAAUAUCUUGUCAAAUACAAAUCCCAGUGUAAUGAAGAAAAAAAAGGUGAUUUACCAGCUGAAGAAAAAGAAAUUUUUCUUAAAAUUGAAGAACUAGAAAAUGAUAUUAAGUUACUUUCUAAACAGUUUCAGGGUAAAAAUGAAUAUUCAAAUAAUGAUGAAUUAAAAUUAAUGCUGACAAAAAUUAGUGAUAUGCGUAAUGAAAUUAAACAAAGUAAACUGAAGAAGACUGAUAUGAAGGAAUCAAUACCAGAUGAAGGCAAAGAAAAUAUUCAAUGUACACUCAAAAAGAAAGAAAAUGAAACUGAGAUUGAAAUGAAUAAUAUAGAUUUUGAUAAAAAUGAAAAAUGUAUAGGAUUCUGGUUAACUAAUAGUAAUACUGUUUCCUCCACUAUAACCAUAAAAAUGAAUGAUGGUUGUAAAUCCAUUAAUUGUACAAAUGUAGAUAAUUUUAAAAAAGAAUCCACAAGUCAGGACAGUUUUGGAGAUAACUUAAAAACAUUAACUGCAGAUAAAACUCCAAAUAUAACCAAUUCAGUUAAUAACCAUUUAAAUGAUCUUGGUUUAAAUUAUAUCUAUAACCCAAUAUUGAACUGUAGAAAUUGUAGUAAAAAUUUUGCUUCUAUUGCAGAAUGGAAAUUACAUCGUUCUGAACAUUUGGUUAAGUUAAAUAAAAGUUUUUUAUGUAAGAUUUGUGGACACAGAUUCAAAAUGUAUAAAAAUUUUACAAAACACAUCAAUAUUCAUAAAAAAACUGAACAAAAAAAAUUGUAUUAUGAUAAAAAAAAUUCAAAAGCCUUAGUGUGUAAAAUAUGUAAUAGACAUUAUAAUUACCUUAGAUCAUAUUAUGCCCAUAUUAAAACCCAUAUUGAUGAAUAACCUUUUUUUUUAAUUUCCUGACAUAUAUAUACAUGAAUUUUUAAUGUAUAGUACAUUUUCUAAAACCAUUAUAGAUUGUUCACCAUAUUUGAAUUAAAUUAUUUUUGUAUUUUAUGGUUUAAUUAAAAUAUUCAUUGUAUUUAAAUUGCUAUAAGUUAUGCGUUUUGGUAUCUUUUUAAAAUAAAAUAUUUUUUAUAAUAUUGAA